UUUAAACAAAUAGAUGCUGAUAUUUUCUAUCUUGUCAUAUUUGGUUAGCGCAAAAUUGCAAAUCUUUAUUGAUGGGCAAGUGACGAAUUUGAAUUACUCGUUAGCAAAUUUUGGACAUAUUCCAUAUGGACGCACUUUGGGUGGAUUUCUGAUAGCACCCAAAGAAAUCGAAGAUAACUAAUUAGAUCUAUGCAACAAAUCGAAUGUCCAGCAGUUAUCAGAUUAGGGUAAUGUUUGGAUUGUGGCCCGUAUUGGGAAUUGUUCAGCGACCACAAAAGUAUAUUCUAUAUCUUAAUAUUAGGCAUAUGUGGCACAGGAAUUGGGAGCUCAGUUGUUGGUAAUUAUAAGUAACAAGGUGAGUUUGACCAAUGCAAUGGAGUUGAACAAUGACGGGAUGGGUUUCAAGGUGCAUAUCCCAACAAUUGAGAUUAGCAAAUCGGAUGGCGAAUAAAUAUUGAAGGAAAUAGUGAGUUCAUAGGAUCCACGACAAUAUGCAAUAAUAUCAUUCAAUGAUUCAAAGAAAGUCGAGAAAGUAUGCAACUUAAACAUAUAUUACAGCCUGAAGUAAUUUUGUUCAUUACCCUUAAUGAGAAGGCAGGCUUUAAAUUUAUAAGGGAAUUUCAGUAAUACUAUAAAAUAUUGGAGAAAAAGGUGAAGUUUUCCAUAAGUUACGAAGUAGAAGUGAACAAGAGAGAUAAAAGAUUGAAUUUCACAUAGCCAAAUGAUCAAUGUAUGGGAGGUGGAAGAUAUUGCAUGCAAUCAAGGGGAGAAGGUUAAGGCAGAUUGAUAAUAGAGGAGCAAUUGAGACAGCAUUGUAUUUGGUUUAACAAUGAAACCCAAUGGUUUGAGUAUAUGGUAAUAGAAAGUCUAAGAAAAUUUAGGAUUAUUUCGAUAAGAAUUGUUUUUAGGUUCAAAAUUACGCUGCUUGUUCGAGUGAGAAUUAGAUUUCCCAAUAGAAGACAGUAAAGGAUUGUGUGGAGAAUUCGUAUGAAAAGGACUCAAAAAAGGCAAGGGAAUUGAAAGAAAACACAAUAAUGGAUUAGUGGGUUGGAAACAAAUCAUUAAGUGGAAUAGUAUAUUUCCCAGGAGUUUUAGUGAAUGGUAAGCCUUAUCAUGGUAAUUUGGAGGCUGAGAGUGUUACUGAGGACAUAUGCAGCAGUAUGAUUAUAAUGAUAUGAUUUAGACAUGUUGGAUUAAUCAGUUUGUUCGGCUUUGUAAUAAUCAGAAGAUGAUUCUCCAAAUAGUGGAAGUGAAAUCAAUUGGGCUAUGAUUGCAUUCGCAGUAGUGAGUUGUAUACUUUUUGGUUUGUUCUUGUUUAUGUGUUAUAGAAGGAGAUUGAAAAUGUAGAUGCAAUAGGAAUUGGGUUAGCAAGUAAAUGAGAUGGUCAGUCAAUACAUAAAGUUUUAUGAAACAAAAAAUGAGAAAUGAUCUAUAUCAUAAUUUGAAGGUUUAUAUAAUAACUAUAUAUUUAUGAAUGGAC